AUGUACACGAGUAAUCACUCAAAACGAGAGACGAUUGUUAACAAUAGAUUGGAUUCCGUAGACGUGAGUGACGCCAGUUGUCAGGCGAAUAUAACGUAUGAAGUGAUUACAUAUGAUUCUGACGAUGAAAUGGUGAAAUCGCGGCGCGGAAUGCCUUUCGGCGGCGUUCGCAACAAAAAGGGUCACCCGAAUAUGAGAGCGCUUCUGUAUGCGCUUAACCUCGUGUUAGAGGCACUGAGCAGCCGGCGGGCAGAGAAACCCUGUCUGUCCAGCAGUCAUAUGCCUGACAGUCAGUGCAGCAAAAACUCGUUUCUAAUGCUCUCAUGUGUUAAUAAACAAAAAAAUUCGACGGAAACUAUUCAACAAAAUACUCAACCAUUUGAUACAACCAAACGUUUGCAGCACUUAAACACUCAAACCAUUGCCAAUAUUAGUGAAGACGAAGACAGUGACGGAGGGUUUCGACAAUAUAUUAAGCCUUAUUCCCAGAAACUAUCAGUUGAUGAGCAAAAAUAUAAUCAUUUCUCAAGUGAAUUAAGAGAUGGCAAACGAAAUCAAUACAAAAAUAUGAGCGCCAGUCCUCACAAAACUAUAGACUACAGCCGAUCCAAAGUAAGGUUACAUCAAUCAAACAGUUCGGGUUCUCAAGACAUCAAUAAAUCCUCCAUCAGAUCAUCGAUAUAUGCAUCACAAGGAACCACAUAUACAUCGUCCACAUCUCAUAGCGCCGAAGAACUGCUCGACUAUAACAGUGGUCAACAGAUGUGGAGUUCACAGCAAACGGGUUCGGGUCCCAGAAUGGCAGAGACGGGCGGAUACGACAUAUCGUCUAAAAAACACGUUUCUUUCGACUCGGGAGACAAUAAAGUGAGGAGAAGUGUAACGUGUAGUUCAGGAAUCGCAUCCAUACAUAUGAAUGCGCGACAACAACAACAUCCACAACACGCGAGUCCGCCAUCUAUUUCGCUCACAUCGACCACGUCUUCCACCAGAAGAGAUAUGUCACCACCGGUUGCAUCACAGGAACGGCUCUUAGGAAGUAAAACGAGUCAACACUCGAUCGACGAGAAUGUGAAGCCUCUGCAGCAGUCGGUGUCUCCGUCCCUGUCGUAUACGCCAUCGCUGUCGACGCCGUGCCGUUUGGUGCGACGGGUGAUCAUGAAAACACAGGCCACUCAAACCGAGGCCACACAGGCUAUGACCAAAUCGCGGUCUUCGCGGUCAAUACCAGCCUAUCUGACUCUAUCCCCGCGCGCUAACAAUCAACAGAUAGUCCACCGCCGCAGCUUCGACCUCCGGGUGCCCACCACUCCUAUAUCGUUGUGUGAGUAUCACCAGAGACUGAUCCUCAGACAGACUCAUAGUUGGGGCGAAAGUGAUGCCAACAAUGCACUCCCACUGCCAUUAAUUAAGUCGCGUUCAGUUCACGGCAUUAUGAUUAACACCAACAGUAAUAUCGAGUUUAAUGAUGAGAUAAUGCAGGUCUGCAUCGACAGAGACUUCGAAGAAUCCCUCAGAGCCACAAACUCAUCGUCUCAUAGGCUUAGAGAGGAUCCAGCGUUUUGUGAUAAUCACAUCGACCAGCCUUUUGAUACAUUCCUACAGCCAUUGAAGUCAAGCGUCAAAUCCUACUCUAAUGAUGAGGUCUUUAUGCCUAAAAGGAAACAAGACAUCGAAGGCGAAGAUGGAAGGCUAAUACGACGGCAUUCAGCCAAAGCAGACUUAGCUGCAGAACCAAUCGGAUCCGUUCCCAUAGCAUCUCCACCGCCAGGAUUUGGAGACAUCGAAGUAUUCCCAGAUUUAGACGACAAUAAUAAAGACCUUUCGGAUAUUGAAUUAUCACCAAAGAAGUCCAUUUCGGAGUCAAGUCAUGCUAUGAUUACCAAUGAUGGAAGUGAUGUAAUUUCCUCCAUCACUACAGACAUAGAUGACCUCCAGUCCAGUGCAAACAAUUCAAAGGUGACAAAUAGUUCUCCAACAGUGGUGUCAGAACUUAACGCCGACGUGCCCUCCACUCCUCCCCCUCUCAUCGAAAGCGAUUCCAUUGACUUAAUGACAAUGGAUUCACCCAUAAGUCGACUCAAGAAGCAAUUAAUGGAAACUCUUAUAUCUCCCGAUAGCGAGUCUUCUAGUCUACACAUCACAUCUCCGACCACUAGUUCUGAUAUCAAGUCAGACGUGGAGUUUACCGACAAAAUUGAUGACACGUGUCAUACAUAUACCAAAGAAAAACCCUCGGAAUCCGAUCCUAAGAGUACUUCAAAGGAAAAGAAUACAAUGCUCUUAGAAUCAGAUCUAUCUUCCGAUGCCCUCACCAUUACAAGAGUUCUUCAAAGAAAAUCUGAUCCAAUUAUUGAAGACAAUAGUGCUCUUCAAGAGCAAGAAUUUGUGAAAAUCAGGUCUCUAUCGGUUCCGACAUUGAAGAGACCAACAACUCUAGUAUCAAAGCGUCAAUUACUAAGAUCUGAAGAGACGUGCGAUGAGAGGCGAUCGUCCUCAUCGUCUGAGGCGUCAAUUCCCGCACAUUCUCCACAUUCGCCCGAAUCUAUCGCUUCCACUCAUUUCAGUGCAAAUGUGGAGGACAUUGAUUCAGAUUUACAAGAUUUAACGCCUAUCCAAGAAAUAUACUCAUCUGAUCCGUCGACAGCGGUUGAAACGACAACCAUUAUUGAAUCCGUUCCGCAAACUAAGCCAAAGAUUCCGCCAAAACCGAGCUUUUUGUCCACAGAUCGCAACAGACAGGAACCGAAUGCACACAAAGAUUUGGUCAAUGAAUUCGAAUUGACAGCCGUUGCCGACACUCACGAGGAAAACAUUGAUUCGGAAGAAAUCAAACAAAUGGCCGAAGAGAUCAUUGAAGACUUCAAGGAGACGUCAGAAGAUUUAACCAAAGAUAUUAUUGUCGAAGAAGAAGAUAAUGUGAUCGAUGAACCAAUGGUAGCACCGAUUCCAUUAAGAAGAUCCCUAUCAGGAGAAUUGUCUACAGUUUCGGAAGUAUCGGAAGAAAUCAGUUUUAACGAUAUGUGCGCUCAGAAAUCUGUUUCAUCGAUUGAUAAGGAUUACAAUGAAUAUUACGAUCGAGACUCUAUGGCUCCGGCCUUAACACUAUCUGGCGAUGGCUUGUCAUCAGAGAAUAUAGCCAUCCAUUCCGGGGCCACUUCUCCGAGUUUAGCCGAUAGCACCACUUCUGGAAGCUUUAUGAUCGACGCCAGCGUUACUGAAGCCACGUCUGGGGAUGAAUCCAAUCGAGUGACUAUUGGAAAGGCGGGAAGCCUUCCAUGUCUUCCCACACAAGCAAUCGCUAACAUAACAAAAGUUGCGUCAGAAGGAGGAGUGGGAGAGUGCUUUUCACGUAAACCUAAGACACAAUCGACGGUAACAACAGAUUUGGAGCAAAACGCGUCGGUUGUUAGCAAACGUUACGAACCAAUAGUGGGUCAGUUGAUUGACUUGACCACAGAGUCAUCGCAGGCCACCGAAAGAGAUAUUGAAAAAUCCGAGUUUUCAUUACAACAUCAGAGCUCACAAGAUAUCGACGAAGAGUCGCUUUCAUUGGAUGCGCUAAACCAUAGCUUCUCCCUAAAGGAUGGACACGAAGAGCAGGCCAUCGAAGAGGUAGACGAAGAGGACAGUCAAGGAUUGGCUCUUUUGCAAGAAUUAUCCACUUCUGAAAGUACAACAACUCAACAGUUUUCCGAUCGCAAGAAAAAUCACGUCUCCGAAGAAGUGAAGAAAAAUAACAAAAAGGUUGUAAAAAAUCAACGAAACUCUUCGAGCGAAAGCCAUACUCUGUUAUCACAGGAAGACUUUUACAUAAUGCAAAGGAGGGCCCGAUCUCUAAGCCGUAGCCCUGAGAAGGGGUUGGAAGCACCGGCCGGUCAUUACUUCCAGUCCUGUAGUCACCAUCACUUCACGUGCAGUCAGUGCGGAGAGUCUGCUAACAAACAUAGCGUGCCUUCACUUCUUAGACGAUCACGACUUGAGAGGACGGGAAUUCCAUAUUUGUAUCGUAAAUCGAUGACAAUCGAUGAUAUCUAUUGUGGUUCCGAUGAAGACGAAGAAGAUGCUGGAGUUCACACUGAAAGCUAUCGAUCGUCUCUUUGGGUAUACAUCGGCCGUAAGGAAGAGGUGGCCGUUUGGGGCCACAGGAAUCCAUUGAGUUUGACGGAAGACAAGUCACUGCCGCGUUCGGAGUCCGACGAAAGCACUCUAUCCGAGAAGGGGUUCAAAAAACAUUACGAAGCGAUCACUCAUCGACUCAUUCAUAGGAAGGCAUCGAUUGAAAUGUAUAAACGAGUCCUUAACCGAACAUUUGACACACCGGCAGAGAUGAAUGGGUUAGAAGUGGGCGAUAUUAUAGUGUCUGUUAACGAGACAAAUGUGUUGGAAGCCUCCCAUUCGGAUGUAGUGAAGUUGGCUCAUACGGGGUCCGAUACUCUUAAAUUGGAAGUGAUUUGUACGUCCAAAUCGAUUAAGAAGAAUCAGCCGCCAGUAGAGCACGACAUCCUUAUGAAUGGUUAUCUCUCGCGACUGACGGAUAAGUCAGCGGAUAAAGAGAGAGCACUGGAGACCACUCAAAGUCAUGGGACCAAUAAAUUAUGGCGAAGGCGUUGGUUUGUGCUUAAGUCAGACUUUUGUCUUUAUUGGUACAAAAAUCCUAAAGGCACAGAACCUGUGGGAGCGAUCUCUCUUCAUGGCUAUUGUGCCGGCGUUUGCAACGAAACCAUUUUCGGUCAAUGCUUUGUGUUUCGGUUAGUACGCUAUGGGACGCCACAGAAGUAUUUCGCUGCCAUCGAUCGCGAGACCGCCGGACAAUGGGUUAACGCAUUGAACCAAUCGGCCACUCGUAUUAAUCAAAUCGACCCAUACAUUGACUCGACUUUGCAUAAUAUACACAAAAACCCGCUUUCACUCAAACAUCUCGAUUGUUACGGAUAUUUAGGAAAGUUUAGUAAACGUCGGAAAGUAUGGAGACACAGAUAUUUGGUGCUGAAAGACGCCUGCCUUUACUUCUAUGCCGACGCCAACUCUAAUACAGCUUUA